AUGGCCUGCUCUCUUCCCGGCCUUAACACCUCCCACUUCCUCAAACUUGACGCCUCCAAUUACCUUCUCUGGCUCUGCCAAAUCAAGCCGUUCCACAUCGGUCAUGACCUUUGGAAGUUUGUCGAUGGAUCAAAUCCUUCACCAUAUGAAUUUAACACCUCAACUACCACUACUCCCUCUGCUGCCUUCGACACUCCCUCCUCAACCACUACCGUUACCAAAUCUAACCAUGAUUUUCUCUCUUGGUACCAACAGGACCAACUCGUUGUCAGCUACAUCACCAUAACUCUAUCUCCUGAUGUUUUCUCCUUAACCGUAGGUCAUGAAUUUGCCCAAUCAAUUUGGGAGUGCUUACAGAACCAUUAUGCCCAACACAAUCUUGCGAGUGCGUCCAUCCUUCGAUUCCAACUUCAUGACAUGCCGAAACGAUCUCAAACCAUAGAUGAGUAUCUCAAUCAUGCAAAAUCUUUUGCCGAUGCCCUCUUCUUCGUUCAAAAGCAUGUCUCCGAUGAAGAUCUCGUCAAGAUUGUCCUAUCUGGCCUUGGUUCUUACUUCUCCAUACUUAUCACCACCAUCCUGAAUCAACCCACUCUCCCAAGCUUCACAGACCUCUACUCUCGUCUGCUAACAAUAACACAGCCCUCAUCACCGCUCACCCUCUAUCUCAGCCAGGCUUAUCCACCUCUCACUAAGGAUCCUCCCAUCUGCGCGGUGAUUCUCGUGGCGGGGGCCAUUGUGGUCAUCGUGGCUUUUCUCGUGGUGGCUCUCGUUGUGAUGGUUUUCAUCGCUGGUAUUAUCUUACACAUCCUAGCGCCCCAUCCUCGUGGCAUAACCCUUAGAAUGGUUCUCACUCUCCUCGUGGAUCUGUCCCAUAGCCCACUUGGAAUCAACAAGGAAUCCUAG